UGUUUCACACACUUUUGUUCUGCUUGUUCUGUUUGUGCUGGCCGAGUCUGAUGGGUGUGUUUGGUGCUGAAACAAAUAAAAUACAGCUGGUGUCAAUGAUGGAAGGACAUUCUAUUACUCUAAACACUGAUGUUACUGAAAUACGGGAAUAUGACAACAUAGUGUGGAAAUUUGGAAGAGAAAAUGUUUUGAUAACUACAACUAAAAGAAAGAAAGAAAUCUCUAGAUAUGAUGGUACUGAUGAGAGAUUCAGAGACAGACUGAAGCUGGACAAUCAAACUGGAUCUCUGACCAUCACAAACAUCACAACUGAACACGCUGGACUCUAUAAAGUAGAGAUAACUGGAGCGAAACUGUCAUCAAAAACAUUCAAUGUUUCUGUCUACGCUCGUCUGCCUGCUCCUGUCAUCAGCAGAGACUGUUCAUCAUCAUCAUCAUCAUCACAGCAGAAUUGUUCAUUGUUGUGUUCAGUGGUGAAUGUGGGUCAUGUGACUCUCUCCUGGUACAAAGGAAACAGUUUAUUGUCCAGCAUCAGUGUGUCUGAUCUCAGCAUCAGUCUCUCUCUACCUCUGGAGGUGGAAUAUCAGGAUAACAACACCUACAGCUGUGUGCUCAACAAUCCCAUCAGCAACCAGACCACACAUCUGGACAUCAGUCAACACUGUCACACAUGUUCAGCACUGGACCCACACUCUCCUUCAGAACAAGACUCGCUUCUGAAAGUACUGACCUCUGCUGCUGCUGCUGGAUCUCUGUUGAUUGUAGCUGCAGUCGUGAUCUUCUGGAGCUACAGGAAAUGUUCCAAAACUGAUAGAGAAGUUCAGACUUCUGAUGAAGAAUUAACUUAUGCUGAGACAACGUUCUACAAAAGGAAUUCACACAAACUGAAAGUUAAAGAGAAGGACCAUGUGACGUAUGCAACUGUCAACAUGAGAAAAUGACCAAACUUCAGGCUUUUAAGUCCCAAAUACACCCUCAGAUUCAGAGUCUAUGGAUGAGUUUUCAGAUUGGUAAGAAUCGCCACCAUGAUGCUAGCAUCAUACUAAUAUAAUUUGCAUGUUGCUAACAUGUUUUUAACAAGAUGCUCACAUGAUUAGCACAUUUUAACACAUUUCAUGUCAUACUAUCAUAUUUUUAUAUUCUCAAUUUUUGUCCAUCCAUUGAAAGUCUGUUUUCAAACUUUAAAAAAUACUUAUUUGAUGUGUUUCUGUGCAUCAAGCAUGCAGAUAUGAGCUUGCGUUUACUAUAUUUGAUGACCUGUAUGUAUGUGCAUUGA